AUGGCGGCACUGGGGAGGAUAGCAGCGUGUCCAUACAGAAGCACUGUAUUUACCAGAGCUCUUCUCGUUCGCACGUGUAAUACUAAAAUUAAAGAAUUAUAUAUUAAUCCCAGAGCAUCAUAUCAUUAUUAUACACAGUGCCUGAUUAAUAAUAAGAGCUUGGUGUUAAAUACAGAGCAGUACAGGAGAAGAAUGUCUUCAUUAUCAGUUAGCAAGAUGAAUCAGAGGAUGGUGUGGGUCGAUCUGGAGAUGACUGGACUGGACAUAGAAAAAGACGAGAUUAUUGAAAUGGCGUGUAUCAUCACAGACUCAGAUCUCAACAUCAUAGAAGAGGGUCCUAAUUUGAUCAUCAACCAGCCGAACGAGCUGCUGGACGGCAUGUCCGAUUGGUGCAAGGAGCAUCAUGGGAAAUCUGGACUAACACAGGCAGUGCGGGACAGUAAGAUCACGCUGCAGCAGGCCGAGUACGAGUUCCUGUCCUUCAUCAGGAAACACACCCCGCCCGGGCAUUGCCCCCUAGCUGGGAACUCGGUACAUGCUGAUAAGAAGUUCCUGGAUAAGCACAUGCCCCAGUUCAUGCAUCACCUGCACUACCGCAUCAUCGACGUGAGCACGGUCAAGGAGCUCUGCAGACGCUGGUUUCCACAAGAAUUCAAGCAAGCACCACAGAAGAAAGCUUCACACAGAGCGCUGGAUGACAUUCAGGAGAGCAUCAAGGAGCUCAAGUUUUACCGAGCGAACAUCUUUAAAUCUGAAGACGACGACAGGAAAAGAAAACUAGUAGACAACGGAGAUGCCAAACGCACGACUUAAAUUAUUUGCCCAGCACGAUGGUUCAUGAUGGCAGGUUUUCAUGCAAACCAGCCAAGAGCUUCACCAGUUUCCCACUCGCUUAAUGACUUGGACUUGGUCUUCAGAGUACUGAUGGUUGACCAGAAAAGCAGCAGCCAAUCGGGCUCAUCCUGGAGCUUGAGGGACGGUUUUUAGAGGGACUGUUGAGUUCCUGGCAUGUAAACCCAUUCCUCUCUUCUUGAGACCAUGCGUUCACUAUAUGGUCAAAAGUAUGUGGACACCCCUCUUAACGAUUGAAUUUGGUUGUUUCUGACACAUCCAUUGCAAAUAGGUGUAUAAUAAUGAUAAGAUAAAUAAUGCUUUAAUAUUGUGGACUCAACCCAACUGAACACUUUUGGGAUGAAUUAAACUUUUAAUAAUCUCUUCUAGCAUCAGUGCCUGAACUCACCCACUCUACAGACAGAAUGGGCACAAAUUCCCACAGACACACUCCAGUAGAAAUUGCACUAAUGCUUCACUGAAGACUGAUUGAUAUUAAUGCUACAAAGAAAACAAUUAAAUAUAAAUGCACAUGGUUUUGGAAUGGGAUAUCCACCAAGCUUGCGGUCAGUGUCCCGAUACUUUCGUCCAUAUAGUGUAAGAAGAACGUUUGUUUGUUUCUGUGUUCUGCCUUGUUUGUCUGACCUUACUGCUAAACCAAAAAUGCAAAUACAGGACUUUAAACUCG